AUGAACAUAUAUUUGAACAUCAUGAACAUGUGGUUGAAAGAGCCAGAGUACCAGAACCAUCUUGCAAGAAAUACAUCAUUCGACCAAAAUGUAAGGUUGAAGAUGAAGGCAGCGGUUACCAUUCAAGAUAUAAGGGCCGAUCGAUGGCUGCAUCAAUGGACAUUAGGAGUUAAUGGGCCUUUAACAGAUCUCGGCAAAAAGGAAGCAAACAGUUACGAGGUUACAACAAUAUGUAAUGCAGUGGCAGAUCUAGACAACUUUGACGGGGGGGGGGCUAAAAUUUUAAAAAUGUCUAAAUUUUUACGGGGGGAGCCAAAAUUUUCUCUGGAUGGGGCUGAGAUUUGUUGA